CCUCCUGUCGAGAAUAUGCUGUGCAUGUGCUCACUGCUGUAACAGAUUUGCCGAGAUGGAUGCCAUUUCAGAAAAGAGGUUGUGUGCUAUCCUGACUCUGGUCCUGCUCUAUUCAUUAGUCUUCGCCUCUACCAAUGUCCCCAAGUGUUGCCGCCAACAAACUUGCUCCUGCCCAGCUAUCAGUCGAGGAGCUGGAAAUUAUGCAGCUGGCAUCCUUACUCUGGGCAAGAGGAAAACAAAUGCACAACUUUUCCAGAGCCGCCUCUACCACCUCCUUCAUGGCUUAGAGAACCAGGCUACUGGCAUUCUUACAAUGGGCAAAAGACAAGAACCUCAGAUCCUUUCAGUGGAAGCAAUCCCAAAAGCAGCGGGGAGAUGUCAAAAUAUUACUUCACUCCUGGAAACAUAUUUCAGUUGGGCUCUAAACCUAAAUAUUCAAACCUAUAGAGAAAUUGAACUGAGUAACAAAGGUUUAAACCCUAGAGAAUGCUUAAGCCAACUUUUGAAGCUGUGUAUGAACAGCAGUAAUGCCUUAGUGACUUAA